ACCACAUCCUGCAUCUCCGUGAAGAGGUGGGGGGUGGGCAAGGAGGCUCACGAUUGUGACACAAUACAGGAAAGAAGAAAAGAGGAGUUGUACACCGUGACACGACUCGUAUAUAGCGAGAGAGACAAGCAGGAGAGAGAGAAAUUGCAGAAUAAUACAAUACGGUUAGAGCUGAGCCUAGCAAAGCCUCCGAGACAGCAGACACACCCGUACUGUCAUCCUCUCACACAUCUCUGUGGGCUGCAAUAGAAUAAAAGGAGAAAUCGAGGGAAAUUUGCAAACACCCAUACAGAGCAGAUAUCUGGACCUCAGUACGACACAUAUUAGAAUUCACACAGUCUGCCGCUCCCUCACACACAGUCUGUUACAUUGUGCCACACUGACAAGACAAGAUGUCUGACAAUGAGGAACCACAGAGAGAGGAGGGGUGCGAGGAGCAGAUGUUUCAAGAAAGACUCGAGGAGACCGAGAGAUUGACCACUCAGUGGAGUGUGGAAGAUGAGGAGGAAACAGCACGGGAGCGUCGUAGAAGAGAGAGACAGCAGCAGCUGGGAGGUGAAGGACAGUCUCCGGACGACCUAGAUGAUGAGAACUCCACGCAGACAGAUAACCAUGUGGGACUAAAGCCAGCUGGUCCCUGGGAGACGGAGGAAGAUGAGGGAUUCAGCGACUGGUCUCAGAAACUGGUGCAGAGGAAGCUAAGAGGAGCUGCGCAGGCCGCAGAGGAGCAAGAAGAGCCCAGAUUUACAGACGGGGAACAGACAGAGCAGACCAGAGCCACGGAGGAGACCCAUACAUACAACACAGAAGCACAGGUGGAGGAAGAAGAUGAAGGGACAACCCGCAAUGAAGAAGUAGAGGCAAAUGAUGAACCAGAACUCUGCACAGAAGAGACAGAAAUCAUCUCUUCCAGCCAAUGGGAAACAAGGGAAAUAAUUGAGGAUUACAGACCACCAAGUCCAAGAGUUCCCGAAAAAGAGUCUGAAGAACAAGAGGACGAGGAAGGGGGAUAUAUGCUUGCUAGGCAUCAGGUACAGAUAGAGGGGUACCAGGACCGGUGUGUAACAGAUGAAGUGGAAACCCGGAGGCGGUCAGUGAGCAGCGAUGGAGAGGAAGGAGAUGGCUCCAUCACAGUGAAGGUAACUGAGAGAACAGAGAUUCUGAAUCGUUCCAUCCAGAAGAGUAACAGUAUAAAGAGGAGUGAACCGCCCCUUCCAAUACACAAGAUUGAUGACCGCCUGGAACUGUACACACAUGCUAUAGAGACGUCCGCUAAGCCAGGCCGCUUGGUUCGGCAGCCAUCUUUAGAGAUGCUAAGCCCUACAGAUCCUGUAGCAAACAUAAAGAACCGAUGGGAGGCUGGAGAUAUCACUGCAGCCUCCAAGGCAGCCACUUGUAAGGAUACAGAGGGCAUCAACAUUGGUGUAUCAGACAUGAUCAACCAGUGGGGUAAAGGAAAGUCAGAACCAGAUGGGCAGACAUCCCCUCCAAAACUCACAGAAGUGAAGCCAGGAGAUGUAUUGAGCAAGAAGAGCUUGUGGGAACAGGGCUCCAAGCCAGGACAAAUGGAUAAGAAUGCGACUCCCUCUAAAAAGUACAAGUUUGUUCCAACUGGACAUGGAAAAUAUGAGAAGGUCUUAAUGGACGAGCCUUGAUGAGAACUCUGAAUUGAUCUUUGUCAUGAGAAUCUGCUCAAAUUUUCCACGCAAUUCUGAAAACUUGCAGUAAAAAAUGGUGAUGCCAAGUUGCCUUAUCUUACCUCAGCCCCAUUAGUCCAACUUUUUUCUGUCCUCUCUCAUCUCAAAAACAUUGAAAGCUAUGUACUAAAGUGAUGCAGUCAGAAUAAUGGCUGCACAAUGAAAAGGUUGCUUUUGUGACAAGUUUCUGGAGCAUUUCAUCUCUAAAGGAACCUGUGACAGUUUUAUGUUUUAGUGCCAAGAAAUCAAUGCGCAUUCACUAACACCACUGCUGAUUGUAACUUCAGGCUUAUGCCAUGGGAUGCAAUGGCUUCUGAUGGCAGUAUUGCUAACUCUUUCUAUGCAGCUUCAGCGUUCUUUCUUACAGAUACAGCAGCUUCAUAACAAAAAAAAAAUUGCUACAAAUCUCAGACGAAAACUGGAAAUGGUCAUAUUGAAUGUCAUGAUGGGGCAAACGGGACCAAUGGCAACUGCAGCAGGGUUGUCAAGCCUGCACAUUUUAGUACAUAGUACACUCACAGGCCCAGUGAGGAUAAUGUAGAAAUGAUACUGCAGGUCAUAUGCCAUCCAAACUCCCCUACUGCACUGGGUCUUUUUUUUAAUUACUUUUUAUGCUUUAUAAAUAAAA